CUCCUCAAAAAAAAAAAAAAAUCUCUCCAACCUCCGUCCGCCGCGCCAUCGCCGUCCGGCUAAACCCGGCCGCCCGCUGCGCCCCAUACCGAAGCCGGGAGCGGAGGUGCAAAACCCUCCCUCUCCCUCUCCCGCUCCGGCGCCAUGGGCGGCGCCUCCAAGCUCCUCUCGUCCCUCCUCCUCACCUCCUCCCCGCUCCGCCUGCGGCCCGCGACCGCCGCCGCCGCGCUCUUCCUCACCCCGCCGUGCGUGGCCUCACGCCGCCUGCUCCUGCUCUCCUCACGCUCCCCGCUACGCACCCUCUGUACCUCGUCCGCGGCCGCCGCUUCGUCCUCCUUUCCGCCCCCGCCCCGAGCUCCUUUCCCCGAGUGGUCCCGCCUCGUCGACCGCCUCGCCGCCGCCGGGUACGCCUCCCGCGUCCCCAGCCUCGGCGACGAGCUCGCCCUCGCUUCCGGAUGCGACCUGUCGGACAGUGCAGAAGCCGCUGUCUCCACCUGCCUCGCCUUCGCGCGUGACCGGCCUGACCUCCUCAGGUCGCUUCCAAGGAAGGAUGUGGAGGUCCUGGUGGCCAACGCCGCGCCUGUUCUGUUCAAGGAUGGGGAGUCUUCAGCACAGCGGCUGCGGCGGUACCUCGCGGGGGAAGAAACCGAUGUCAUUGUUUCAGAGAGAGCUGAAACUGUUGAUAUUAUUCGAUAUCUGUUAAGUUACACAUACAGUUCUUCCGACAGCUUCUCAGAAGCCAAGGAACUUAUUGAUUCAGCUGUGAGAAAUAUCAUGGCAGAGUUAGUAAGUUUUACUGUGGAAUCAACUCCCAAACCAAGUUCCUUGAGUCAACCUGAACGAUUUUCCAGACCUCCAGGGCAAAAUAUCGAAAUGAAGCGAGGCGACUGGAUCUGUACAAGAUGUAGCUUCAUGAACUUUGCAAGAAAUGUUAGGUGCCUUGAGUGCAAUGAGCAACGGCCAAAGAAGUUGCUGACUGGUGGAGAGUGGGAAUGCCCGCAGUGUGAUUUCUACAAUUAUGGAAGGAAUAUGUCGUGCUUAAAAUGUGAGUGCAAAAGACCAGCAACAAUCCCACCAACCCCUUCAUUUGCUGGUUCUGGUUUAGGUGGUGUGGCACAGCUUCUUAAUGCAACGAAUGGUGGUAAAUCUGAAAUUGAUAGAAAACUUGCCGAAAAUGAUGAAAAGGCAGAAAGAUGGUUGAGCAAAGUUUCUCAACUCGACGAUUCUGCUGAUCUAAGUAGUCUAGCAGAAGAUGAGGACUUUCCUGAGAUUAUGCCUAUGCGCAAGGGGGUGAAUAAAUUUGUGGUUAGCACCCGUAAAACACCACUUGAAAGAAGGCUAGCAAAUGCACAGUACAGCAACAAUAGCCCUCAAGCUGCAUCAUCUGAUGACUCAAAGAUCAGUCAAACUUUGGACAGGAUACUUGGGCGUUCAAAACCUACUGCAGCCUCAAACAAUCAACCUGGAACUGGAGAUGCUCUGAAAAAAUCAACAGACCACCUUAGCAGUAUUGAUCCUGUUCCAUUUGUGCCCCUACCUGCAGAUAUGUUUGCUCAACCACAGAGUAAUAAUGGACAGGGAAAUCUGGAUGGCCAAAUAAAUGCAGAAGUUGACAGUUCCAUGGAAAAUAGCACAGUGCCCUUAGCUGAGAGGCAAGAUGGCAUGGAAUCAUCAGAUACUGCUGAGAAAUGGUCCAAGAAAGUUGGAGAACUUGACGUAAAUGACGUCCCAAGUGUGACUUCUGAUGAAUACUUACCCGAGAUUAUGCCAAUGAGGAAAGGUGAAAACCGGUUUGUAGUUAGUAAGAAGAAAGACCGCUCGCUGACAUCACCACAGUUCAAAAGGCGCAGUUUACUUGAGCAUGCUGACAAUUCUGAUUUUGUCCCAUUUGUCCCAUUUCCUCCUGAUUACUUUGCCAAGAAAGAUAAGCCGGUGGAGAAUACUGCAGCGACAGGAAUAGUGUCAGAAGGUUCUCCAACAUCUGAAAAGCGCUUGGAAACAAAUGCUUCAUCAGGAAAGUACGGAAACAGCUCGAAUACUUCACAAGUGGUGGGUAGUCAGCCCAAAGGCAACGUGGAUAAUGAGAACUGGAACAGAAAUAACUCUCAGCAAAACUCAAGUUCUGGUGGUUAUGGUCAAAGCAACAACUAUCAGCAUCACUCACAAUCUCAUGGGGCACAAUCUUGGCCUAGUGAUACUGCAAAUACUGGUACUUGGAACACAGGCUACUCCCAUGGGAACUUUAAGGAGAGCAGAGGUGACUCUACUUACAAUGGAGCUAGCUCUGCACAACAACCUUAUAAUUCAGGUUAUAACAGCAACAGCAAUUCUUGGAGCAGUGAGAACAAUAACAGCAACACUGCUUGGACUGGCAACAGCAAUUAUAACAACGAUAGUGCUUGGAGCGGCAACAACCAUUAUAACAACAAUAAUGCUUGGAGUGGUAAUACUUCGUAUAGCAACAGCAGCAGUACUUGGAACGGCAAUGGCAGCUAUAACAACAAUACUUGGAGAAGCAGUCACAGUUAUAACAACAAUGCAACAUGGAGCAACAGCAGCCACAGUGCGUGGAGCAGUAGUAACAGCAAUAACCAGCGUGACUCAUUUGCUGACAAUAGCAAUGCUGCCAGCAUCAGCGAUUCCAUGAACCCUAAUCAGACAAUUCACAACUCAGGUUAUGGAGGAAGCUCAAAUAGAGAUUACACUGGAAAAAGCUUAGAAGGAUCUGCUGUGAAGGAUCCUGAUCCUCUGGACAUGUCUGAGGAAGCCAAGGCAGAGAGAUGGUUCAGGAGAGCAGCCCAGAUAAAGGACAUCUCCGAGCUUGCCAACAUUCCAGACGAGGACUUCCCUGAGAUAAUGCCGAUGAGGAAGGGGGUGAACAGAUUCGUGGUGAGCAAGAGGAAGACUCCAUUGGAGAGGAGGUUAACAUCUCCGCAAUACAGAAGGAACCUGCCAAUUGUCAGUUCUGAACCGGAGAAAGAUGCCAGCUGAAAACUCAAGCAUCAUGACUGGGUGCAUAACACCAGUGUAUUCUUUGACACCAAAUUGUGACAAUAAACCAGUGAUCAGAAAUAGAAACCAUGAAAAAAGCUCAGGAAAGUUUUCUGUAAGGUAAAAAUUUUGUCCGCAAUGGCAAGGGGUUUGCUGGAUUUUGCUUGUUACGUGUACCCUAUACGAAUGUGUGUUGUACUAAUACCUUCAACACUGAACCCGUGGAUGACACUUAUCGAAGUUUUGGCUUGUUUGAGGUACACAUGUUAUAUUCUUGUAUUCUUUCAUUGAAUUUGUUUGUUAAAUUCGGAUACUAUAGUGUGUUCUACCUCCUGGUUUGGAUGAAGCAGAGUAUGCCUACCCUUUC